UUACGCCACUGCCCAAAACGUUAUCUUUUUAUUUAAAAAAAAAAUGUAAUUAUUAUUUAAAAAAUAAACGGUCCAGUCCAGCAAAUGUAGCUGAUGCAGGGAGGAGAAUGACGCACAGCAGGCGGAGAGGAUCAGCACCACUGGCUGUGAGCGAAGCAGCCGCGCUGCAAAAAUAAAUAAAUAAAAUGCAGCGACUGAACACAUUGACCGGAGUGAUGUCUGUGCAGCUGAACGGGGAAAUAAGUAAGAUGAGAAGCGCUGCCGUUUAGCCACCGCCGCUCAUUCCUGCAGAGGCUGACAGGGUUGCGCAUCGGGAUAUGGACUCAGGGAAUGCGGCCACCGGGGAUGAUGGGAGCCCUACAGGCGCAGGGGCCGCCGGAUCCAGCCUGCAGCUUGACUUCGGGGACACCGAUUCAACCCAGAAAGCUCAAAUAACGGAGAUGCCAUCCCUGUUUGGUACGGAACCAGCUCGCGAGAAGAAGAUUGGCCAUAGGAGAGUAGAUGCCCAUGGAGAGACAACAUACAAAAAAACCACCUCAUCUGCCUUGAGAGGGGCAAUCCAGCUGGGGAUCGGAUACACAGUUGGCAACCUCAGCUCCAAGCCUGAGAGAGAUGUCCUCAUGCAGGAUUUCUAUGUGGUGGAGAGCAUCUUCUUCCCAAGUGAAGGUAGCAACCUCACUCCGGCUCAUCACUACCCGGACUUCAGGUUUAAAACCUACGCCCCCGUGGCUUUCCGCUACUUCAGGGAGCUGUUCGGGAUCCGACCAGACGACUACCUGUAUUCGCUGUGUAAUGAGCCACUGAUUGAGCUGAGUAAUCCGGGAGCGAGCGGCUCCAUAUUCUAUGUGACCAGUGAUGACGAGUUUAUCAUCAAAACUGUCCUGCACAAGGAGGCUGAAUUUCUGCAGAAAUUACUCCCUGGAUAUUAUAUGAACUUGAACCAGAACCCUCGCACAUUGCUGCCCAAGUUCUUUGGCCUCUACUGCAUCCAGUGUGGAGGCAAGAACAUUCGAAUAAUUGUGAUGAACAAUAUAUUGCCACGCUCGGUUAGCAUGCACCUCAAGUUUGACCUAAAGGGCUCGACGUACAAGAGGCAAGCAUCCAAGAAGGAAAGAGAAAAGUCCAAACCCACAUUUAAAGAUCUGGAUUUUUUGUGUGACAUUCCUGACGGCCUCACACUGGAUCAGGAAACGUACAACGCUUUGGUCAAAACUUUGCAAAGAGACUGCCUGGUUCUGGAGAGCUUUAAGAUUAUGGAUUACAGUUUGCUGCUUGGCAUCCAUAACAAAAGCCUAGCAGAGAAACAAAAUCAGUCCCAGGGAUCACCAGCAGGAGGCGGUGAUGAGAAGAAGCCCUCAGGACAGAGGGCUCUGUAUUCCACUGCUAUAGAGUCCAUACAAGGAGGGACCACAUGCAGGGAAACUCUGGAACAUGAUGACACUAUGGGAGGUAUUCCAGCUAUGGGAAGUAAGGGAGAGCGCCUCCUUCUGUUCAUUGGGAUUAUUGACAUUCUGCAGUCCUACAGAUUGAUUAAAAAACUGGAACACUCUUGGAAGUCUCUGAUCCACGAUGGAGACACAGUAUCUGUCCACAGGCCUAGCUUUUAUGCAGAGAGGUUCUUUAAGUUCUGUAGCACAGUUGUCUUCAGGAAAAGCUGCUCAUUACGACCAUCUCCAUCUAAGAGAGGUCGAGGGGCUCUCUCCUCAUCCAAGUACAGUGCUGGAGCUGGACAGCGUCCCUCGCUGACUGAAGAAAGGCAGGAGAACCUGGAGAACUUGGAGAACCUGAGAGGAAUCCGCAGCUUCUCUAUAGUAGAGGAGAACGGCAAAGAGCCACCCUGCACCCCCCCAUCAUUGGAAGAUGCAACGACUGCAUCUAUUGCAACCACUCUGUCAUCUGACAACUCUUUACCAACCACCCCGUUCGACACUCCAGAGCAUCCGCGCUUCAGAAGGCCAAUGCAUUCACCCAACAUAGUCAGAUCCCAAAAAGAGCCACUUGCGGCCCACAGUGAACGUCAGGACACCAUAACUGUGGAGGUGGAGCUGAGCAAGAUCCCACAGAGCACGGAACUCACACAGAGGACAGGAAUCACGUCUUCCAGCCAACAAUCACUCAGCCAUCAGACCUGCACAGUUUCUUCAUCCACCCCCAGUUCUACUUGUUCGUCCUCUGCAUAUUCCUCCGCCACCCUUCCUCCGUCCUUUGCGUCAUCCUCCUCCUCUGCUCAAUGUGUUGCCCAGUCAUCUGCUACACUUUCUUCAUCCAUCCGUCCGUCUACCAAACCACUCACCUCUUCGUUAGCAGCUCAGUCUUUAACUCUUUCCUCCACAACCUCUGAUUCAGCUGCACAAUCUCUCCAGCAUGCUGGGUUGUCUUCGAAUUCCUCCAGCCACACUCCUGCCUCAGCUUUCACUCCCAUUCACCCCGCAUCUGCUAGCCCCUCUCAGCAUCUUCCAUCAACACCUCCCUCCUCUGUCCCCUCAACCCCCCAGUUGCCUCAGGAAGCACCGUCGAAAAAGGAACCUUCGGUGUCCAGCAGCCACAGUUCGCUGGAUGCGGAGGUGCAGGUUUCUGACAUUUACUUUUAUGCAGACGGAAGAUACUGGGUGUACUCUCCAGUUCUCGGUCGUCGUAAGCUUAACUCUAGUUCAAGUUACAACACUCAGGAGGACCAGAGCUGUGUUUUCUCACCUUUUCACUGCAGCUCAGAGUCCAGAAGAGGCUCAGAUGUGGAUAGUGAAACAUAAUUUCAGUCGAAGACAGCAACGGUGGGCGGAGCCAGAGGCUUUCUCCACACACACAAAAGCUGGGAGGAUUUAAUGAUAAAGGCAGCGGGACGCUGAUGAUUUACUGCUGGCUGCUGAAGCUGCAUGUAGGAGUCUGCUUUGCUUACAGUAAAUCUUAUCAUCAGACAUUCAGCUGAAAGAGUGCAGCUUUGCAUUAUGCAUUAAAAAAAACUAUGUACAGGGAGAUUUACUGCUAAAAUGGUGGAAGACUAUAUUAUAGCCUCACAGGACAAUUUGUCCAAAAACAAAGAGGGGAAAUAUAAAUCCUGAGGUAUAAUCAGCUUAGUGGCACUGUGAACGAUUUUGGUGUUUGUGUUAAAACUCUGUCUUGUAAUAUGAUGUAUGAUGAGAUAUAAUAUGAUAAUCAUGCUCAAGAAUCAAACUGAUUUUACUCCAGUAACAUAAACAAAGUGUCGUAGAUUUGAAUUGAAACCAAAUCUUUCUCAAAAGACCAGAAAUCUGUGCAUGCAGAUUGUUUGCAGGGAGAGCAGCCUAAGCAAGGUGGUUCAAACAUUCCUUUCUCUAACUCUGCCUAUGCAAUAUGUGUUAUCGAUUCCUCCUAUUGACUCACUUGUAAUUAGCCCGGACUUCUUUGUGCAUCUGCUUUUCACUAGAAGGGAGUCUUCUCUGUUUAAUUUGAUUUUAGCACUUUAACUGUGUAUAUGGUUGAUUUAAAAAAACAAAACAAAGAAAACUCUGAAAUAGUGUAUAGCCUUUGCAUACACAGCAGUCUUACUCUUCCAGUGAUGAGUAGUAAAAAAAAAGACCUGAAAGCAAAAGGUUUUGCUUAAAAUGCCUUAUCAAUUAACUCAUUAGGGCUUUUUUCAGAUGAAGUCAUGGAAAAUUAUGACAGAAGAAUUUAAAUAUGGAAAAAAUAUAUAUUAAUGUAAGUAAAAAACUAAUAUUACUAGCAGGGUUGAGAUAAGAUAGAGAAAAAAAUGAAAUAUUGAGUCAAAAAUAUCUUUUGUAAGUCAUCUGUUUUUUAUGUGCUGCAGUACAUGCAUGUAGGUGUGUACAUGCUACUUGUGUUGUGUCUGCAUGUGUUUGCAUGUCUACAAUGUAUGACUGGGAGACGCAUAUGUUAUAUUUUUCUGUGUUGAAAUUGUCAAAAGGUAUUUGUAAGAAAUCAUUAAAUGCAGCAGCAUCUCAUCAGAUUAGAAAAUCAGCAGGAAAUCAAGAUUUUUCAGAAAACAAUUCAAAAAGUGAACAGAUUGAGUGCAAUCAAAUGAUUCAUUUUGAAUGUUUAGAUUUGUUAACUUUAAUAAAUAUAUAACCCAAUAAGAUUUAUUGUUUCAAUUUUAGAACCCAUCAUUUAGAACCCAUAAAAAAUAUCUGCAUUGAAAAGCAGUUAUGAAAAUGCUGCUCACACAGUUGGCCAGCUUUAACGUAAACCACAUUCGUUCAUUGCUAAAGAAUAUUAUUCUAUGUUUUUAGCGCAAUCCUUCCAAUAAAGAUGCAUGUGGCUCUUGGUUCAGAAGCAUCCAAGUUCGACUCUCUGUCAAACUUUCUUUCCUCAUGAUCAAGACGCUUUAUUUUCCAAAAAACAAACAGAAUUUCUUACUGCAGUAUGAUGUGACAGGCAGAUCAUAUCGGCUCAUUUUGUUCCUUUUUAUGCCACUCCAAAAAAAUAAAAAAACAAUAAUCAAUAGCGGUUAAAAACUGUAUGGCUGCUUGCCUGAAUCCAAGAGCUCACCUGGCCCCAAUAGCUAACUCCAAUAUAUUCCAGGUGCUGCAGUCUACCUGCAAGAAACAGCAUAAAUUAUUUACAGAAGCAAAAAUACAACUAAAGAAAUUCAUUAUUUCAUAAUUAAGUCAACUCAUACCAAAAUAUUUCAUGUGAUGUCAUACUAAAUACGAUAAAAAUAGUAAACUAGAAAUAAUAAAUAAUCAGUCAUAAAUCAAGCAUUUGGCUCCAACAAUGUUAUUGGAACAUUAAGUGGAAGGAAAAACAUAAGAAAAGAGAAUGCCGUCUUUCCGUAGUUGUAGUCUGUCCUGCAAUGUUCUAUUCCUAAUUUUCCUUGCAGGAUUUCGGGAGGGUUGGUCUUUCUAAAGAGGGCUUUAAGUAAAAGGUGGGAUCCAACCCACAAGUUCUUGGAUAGACUGGUGAACUUUCUCCUUGAUAGGUCAUCAGUUCAGCCAAUAACACACCAGAUGAAUAACCAUACAUUUGAAUACCUAAUGGCAUUUUACAGACAGCUUACUUUUAUUACCAUUAAAGACUUAAUAGAAAUACAUUACAUCAAAUUGUAUGUUUAAAAUGUGUUUCACUUAUUGAACUACUGCCAUUGAAUAUUUUAAAUUCCAGUUCACUGAGAUUCCUUUGCAUUUUAAUUACCUGUUUUCAUCCUCUGACUGUAUGAAAAACAGUACUGCUGAGUCAGUGUUUAAUGAAGCACGAUACAUUAUAAUGUUUGCAGAACUGAAAGAUUUCCAGUUUUCUGGACACUUAACAUUGCAAUACAUCCUCUUUGAACCUUUUAAAACAUCAAGAGGAGAAUUAGUCCCUGCCAGAGUUGCUUUUGUACUGUAUUGUUUGAGACCGCUCAUGUAAACUCGCCUGUUUGUGGGCGACAGUGUUUGUAGAUUAUCACUGUGAGAAAAAGAAAUAAAAUACUGUUGUGUAAA